AUGACCAACCGCCAUGCCCUCCCCACCAUCGAAUCCCACGCCCUAAUCCUCCAUCCCCAAGCCCCCGAGAACCGCGAGCUCGAGCUCCUCGAGCCGUACGGUCUCGGCCCCAAACCUUACAACUUCGUCUGGGCCUGCAUCACGCUCCCGCCGCCAUCCCCGGAUCCCUCCGCCCCGGCCGCCGUCCGCAGCAGAAGCACCGGCGGCGUCCUAAACACCUACGCCACGUCGCCGACCUCCGGGGCGUACCUAACCCUCUUCGUCGCCCUGACCCAGGGCGACCAGCCCAACUCGCCGCGUCUGACAAGCAUGCGCUACCGCGACAUGCUCGCCGCAAACCACGUCGCGGCCGGCGGGUCGUUGCGCACGCUGCGCCUGAUCGGCACGGCCAGCAUCCUCAACCGUCCCGCGCGCGAGGCUAUAUCACAAGUGUUCCGGCGCGCGGGGCGCGACUGGCUCGUCCGCGAACGCGUCGAGGUGUACCCCUCCGACCUUGGGUACGCCGAGCUGGCGGCUAUGAACCCGUUUAUGCGUGGGGUGCUGGCGCUGCUGCGGGAGCGUGGGCAGAGCGAGAUGUGCGGCGCGUUUGUGGAGAGGUUUAUUUUCAUCUCGGAGGGGUAUGAUGCACCGCCUGGGAGCACCGGCAGGGUGCCCCGGCUUGAACCGCCGUUGCAUAUGGUGACUGUAUUUGGGCGUCCGGAUGCUGCUGGAGCAGAUGAUGCUAAUGCUGAUAACGCUGCAGGUGGUGGCGCUGGCGUUGGCGCUGGCUCACGGUGUGGGUUUCGCAUGAGCUCGGCAAGAACGUGA